GGACUUUGAUCCCGUCUUACGGGUACGUAAGCAACCGAUAAGGUUCGAGUCCAACUAACCAAUUAACUUUAUCUUUUACGUCAGUGGACGUAUAAUUAAAUUACAAUUAAUACGAUUUAAUUUCUUAAAUAGUCCAGUGGGACCCUAAAAAUUGAAAAAUUUUACUAAAAUACACCCAACUCGCAUAAAAACUUAUCGACUUAAGUAGUACCGAUUUAGGGCGUUGUGGGGGUGUUGCUUAACUUCCCCACACGUAACCGUACUCCCGAACCCAGAACUUUAUUUUCGCAGACCAUGCCUCGGUUCUGACACUAAGGUUAGAGCCGAUUUGAAGAGUGUUCGAUCCACUCCAAGUAAGAUCGAUGGCGACUCCCAAAAAUGCCGACGCGACGACAUUCGGACCCCCCCCGGACGGGACGGUUUCGACACUUCAUUUUCCCGAUAUGCCCUUCAUGUUGAGUACAAUAGAAUCAAUUAGGGUUAAUUGCAUGGUUGGUCACUGACAUUACAAAAAGCGUUCAUGUUUGGUCACUCGAAAUAUUUAAAUCUAUUUUUGGUCACUAACUUUACAAAAACCGUUCAUUUAUGGUCACUCUCCGUUAGCUGCCGUCCAACGCCGUUAACGGCGUCCGUUAAGUGAUGACGUGGCUGGCGGAUUCGCCUAAUCAUCACCUUUUAACCCGAAAAUUGACUGACCCGACCCGCCACGUCAUUUAAACCCUCCAUGUCAGCCAAACCUAACCAAACCAGACCCGACCCUAAAUAAAGAACUGACCCGACCCACCAAUUAAUCUACCCACCUUUGACUAAAACCCUAAUCGAAGACAAAUCCAUCUGCCUCCAUCCCGCGCCGCCUUCCUCCCUUUCGUUUUUCUUCCUCUCCAACUCUGAUUGCCAAUUCGCCGGCAACGAAGGAGGAAUGGAGUCCGCAUUGAACCAUUAAACACAACGAAGGAGUUUCAACACGCCAAAUCAAUCCAUUCCAACGUAGUCACUUUCCUCCCAUAUCCCAUAAAACCCUUUUCCCAAAACACAAAUGCAAAUCUGAAAUCCCUCGCUCCGAUCCGUCCGAAAAUUAAAUUGCAGAGCCAUGAAGUUCGGCUUCCAAUUCGCCUCCGCCGCCAUUACAGCGUUGCUGCUAGUCUUCUCCUCCUUCUCGCCGCCUGUUUCCGGUAGGUUCUUCCCCAACAUAACCUCCCUCCCGCGCGAUUUACCUCUCAAGCCCAAUUUCACCACCGCCUGGGAGUCCUUCCAGAACCUCUCAAGCCCAAUUUCACGGGCCAGCUCGACGACCGGACCAUCCGCCAAAUCGUGCUCCCCAGAUGCGGCAACGCCGACAUAGUCAACGGAUCCAUUUCUAAAGGCAAGUGCGUGGCAGGCUCCAUUCCUCCUUCGUCGCCGGCGAAUUGGUGAUCAGAGUUGGAGAGGAAGAAAAACGAAAGGGAGGAAGGCGGCGCGGGAUGGAGGCAAAUGGAUUUGUCUUCGAUUAGGGUUUUAGUCAAAGGUGGGUAGAUUAAUUGGUGGGUCGGGUUAAUUCUUUAUUUAGGGGGUCGGGUCUGGUUUGGUUAGAGGUUUGGUUAGGUUUGGCUGACAUGGAGGAUUUAAAUGACGUGGCGGAUCGGGUCAGUCAAUUUUCGGGUUAAAAGGUGAUGAUUAGGCGAAUCCGUCAGCCACGUCAUCACUUAACGGACGCCGUUAACGGCGUUGGACGGCAGCUAACGGAGAGUGACCAUAAAUGAACGGUUUUUGUAAAG